AUGUGCGAUCGCAACGCAUCCCCGCCCUCCUCCUCGUCGUCGAGCGCCGCCGCCGUGAGCCGCCGCCGGAGCCGGCAUUCCGCGGAGGAGGAGGUCGGUUGCACGGGGAGAUCCUGCCAGUCGUGCACGGCCGGCGUGAUCGCGGACUGCGUCGCCGUCUGCUGCUGCCCGUGCGCCGUGGUCAACAUUUUCACCCUGGCCUUCGUGAAGCUGCCGUGGGCGGUGGCGCGGAGGUGCAUCGGCCGGCGGCGAGAGAGGAGGCGCCGCCUGGAGGAGGAGCGGCGGAAGCGCGGCGGCGGGGGUGUGGAUGGGGCGACGACGUCGGAGAUCGUGGUGAAUAUCGGUGAGGAGUUGUUAAAUGACGAAUUUGGGGCUGAGUUGAAAGGGGAAGAGGUGUGGUUGGAGUUGUAUGAGUUGGGGCAUUUGGGUUUUGGUAGGGUUUCCUUUACGGGGAUUCCUUUCCAAGACAAGGGUGAUUAG